ACUGUUCUAAACGCGCCAGGAAUUUGUUUUGUUUUAAUUGCGUUUUGUUUUUGUUGAUUUGUGAAGUUAAUUGUCCACUAUGUUUAAUUUUAAGAAUCGUAAGAAGAAGGCUCUUAACACAAUUGAUGAGAACACUACCAUGAAAGUGCCACGCCUGGCGGAGAGCACCACGAAUGUUUCCCUUGAUUCCACAUCCGGCGGGAGCGAGGAGAACAUACCCGCCUCGCAGGAGCACACACAGCGCUUCCUGUCGCAGCACAGUGCCAUCCUAGCUGCUACUCUGGGUCGCACCCAGUCAUCCAGCCGGACCAUUCCGACCCUCUCCCGGCAGCCCAACAAUUUCUUUGAACUGGUUCUGAUCCGCGCCGGGGUCCAGUUGGACCAGGGCGACAGCCUGAUACUGGCAUGCGACCACGUCUCAAUUGUGUCCAAGCUAAGGGACAUUUUCAUGAGUGCAUCGUCGUACACCGACAAGCUGGAGACCUUCAAGACGGGUCUGAAUGCUGCGAUGGCGCCCAAGUCUAAACUAGUGCAGAAACUUCUAAUCGGCUGCACCGUGGAUGCCGCUGGCGAGGAGCAGAUCUAUCAGUCUCAGAACAGCAUGUUCAUGAACUUCCUGAUGAUCGACUUUUUGCGGGAUCCUUGCGUGGAUGUGCUGCUGAACAAGAUCGAGGAGGUGGCCACUGCGGAUCGUGUUCUUUCGGGCAGGGCGGCCAUACCCAUGCCACUUCUGCCAUUGAUGCUCACCCAACUGCGCUACUUGACCGUUUCGCACAAGGUACAGAUUUACAGCCGGAUCGAGGGUAUCUUCAACAGGGCCACGAAGUCGGCCAAGUUGGACAUCAUAGCUAACGCUGAGUUGAUACUGGAUGCCAGUAUGCACGAUGAGUUCGUUGAACUACUCAACAUUAACUAUUCCAGCACGGAAGAACUCUUUCAUAUGACCACGGUACACACUCUAAGCAAUUUAUCACUUUCAGACAGGACGCAGGCUAAGUUACGACUGCGCAUUUUGGAGUUUGCCACAAGUGGCUCCUGUUCCGAUACGACAUUGCCCCACCUUAUACGCCUUCUGCUUAAUAUUCUGAAAAUGGACACAGAUGAAAGUGUGCGCGAUUUAAUAUGCAGCUUGCGAGAAAUCUUUAACUGGCGCCAUAGGGACCAAAACUCGAACACAGCCGACAACAAAAAGUCACAGCUAGAACUGUUUGGCUUUCUAGAACUUGGCUUAAUAAGAUCUAAAAGAUUUUAUCAGGCGUGGCAGAGGUCAGCUGGUAGUUUGCCGGCAGAUGGAUUUACAUCCCUUGACAUUAUUAUUCUGCUUUUGUUAAUAAAAGUUAAUGAAGAUAAUUCGUUGUAUAUUGAAAAUAUCCUUCGUCGUCGCAUUAAACUGGAGCACAUUACGGUGAGCAUUUUGGAGGAGGUCAAAUUGCACUAUAAGCAUAUCUUGGAGCAGCAUAUAAACACACUGAUGAACAUUCUGCACGACUUUAUGCGUGAAAAACACCGCACUGUGUCCGAUUUCGCCAAGUCUUCGUACAGUAUACUUUUUAGGAUUUUUGACUCGAUUCAGAAAAAUAUCCUUAAGAAACUGUUGGAGCUCACCUGUGACAAAUCCUCUCCACACUUGACGACGAUGGCAUUGGAAUUACUUCGUGAACUGCAGCGAAAGAGCUCUAAAGAUGUUCAGAACUGUGCCGCUCUUCUCAUUCCGAUGUUGGACAGAAUCAGUGAUCUGACCCUGACUCAAACUCGUUUAGCCAUGGACCUGCUGUGCCAUGUGGCCUUUCCAGACCCCAAACUAUCGGCUUGCCUUCAGCUCCAGGAGCAAGUCGAUAUGGUGGUGAAGAAGCAACUUAUUAAUUCAACUGAUAAUAUAAAAAAGCAGGGCAUUAUUGGAUGUGUCCAGCUCAUCGACGCAAUGGCCCGCAUCGAGAACGAUGCAGUUGAGCAUGACGAUUCCCAAAUUAGCGUCGACAACGUGGAUUCCUUGCCCGAAGGUCGUGGCAAAAUGUCCGCGAACUUGAUCAUUCGCACGGAGUCAUCCAUUGCUAAUAGCGCGGAGUCCCUGGCUCUAUUCUACGAAGAGCUGGCGACGGUUUUCAAUCAACGCUAUGACGGAACUUCCAUCGGUGAUUUGGACUCACAGUUUAUUGCCUGGGCUUGUGAGUUAGUGACUCUCCGCUUUCAGGCUAGCUUCGUCACCGAGGAUGUUCCAGAGACAAUUAAGGGCAUUAAGCUGGAAUAUCAAAUGAACAUCAAUGAAUUGGACGAAUCAAAUGCAAACACUGAGUCGGACGUCCUCAGCAUUGGCAUAAAUAUAUCCAAACUAGUUUUGUCACCCAAAGCCAAAGCUUGCGAUUCUAUAUAUGUACUUGCACCUUUGUUCAACUGUGUUCGGGUAUUGUAUAAACAUCGCCACCACGACAGCUUAGAGAAUAUCAAUGCGUUGCUCGGAUGUGCCAUCGUCUUACCCUCGUUUUUCGAGGCCGAUAACUAUCUGGCCGUUUUUGACAACUUUGCGACGGACCAGCAGAAUGACAUUCUAUGCAUUUACUUCCACACCGUCAAUUGGAUGCGAGUGUCAAUCAGUGCCUUCGCAUCGCAGCGGGAUCCUGCCACUCGCCGUCGGGUUCUUUCCCGUCUCGGCGAAUUGAUACGAAUUGAGCAGAGGAUUAAGCCGCUCCUGGCUAGAGCGCCCUCGGACUUUGUUGCCCCGCCAUACCAGUUUCUCACCAAUGCCAAGCAAUCGGCGAUGAAUCAAAAACGACAAGGAGCCAAGGCGGCUGCCAAGCACAACGCAACUGCAACGGAACCAGAUUUGACUGGUAAUCAAACUACGAUUGCUGAUUUUACGAUUAAGGUAGGACCCUGCAAAUCCAUAAAAACAAAGAUAGACUUUGAGCAGAUGUAUGGAACGCGAGAGAAGUACAGGCCCAUGGAAGUGGAAAUCAUAAUGUUGUUAGUUGAGCAGAAGCUCGUCCUGACCCACCAGCUAGAGAAGGAUCAAGUUGGAGAGUUUCUGGGUCUCCUUGAGUUUCGUUUCCUGUUGGAAGAUAUGGUUUUAAAACUUGAUGCUGCAGUCCUCGGUCAGCAGGAUUCAUCUGACGCGGACAGUUUUAGACCGCAUCUGGCCAAGCCAGAGGAUUUCAUAUGCGAUUUACUUCCCUGUCUACUUGAGGUGAACAAAUACCUUAUAACCCUGGCAACAGCUAUCGACAAUGAGCUUACGAAAGUCAAUCAUGUGUACAGCAAUCUGGAUCUGUUCAAGGAGCAAUUUAACUACAUCAAAACGUGCUUUGGGCUGUGCAUUCGUCUAUUUGCUUUGUACUUCGCCUGGAGCGGGUGGGGCGACAAGUCGCAGGCUGAACUUCUGCACAAGUCUUUGUUUAAAUUGCAUCCCAAAGAGCAAUGGAAAAGCUACAAGCAAAAAACUGUUCCACAGUUGGCAACCCUGACCUUUGAAUACUUUUUAAAAUAUGAGAAAUCGGUUUUAAGCCUUAGUACUGCGGUCCAGCUUCAUCGAUUGUUGCGCAGCUUGCUGACGGUAGGAAGCUUGGAAGUCGAUGCAAGCCAACCGAGAUAUCAGCAAGGCGACGACUUGCGGUCACUCUGCGGCAAGUUGCUGCGCCGCAAAUGGUUCCACUACUCAGGAACCUUGGAUAAAGGCGGUCAGUGCAAUAUAUAUUUGGACGAGCUGGUCAAGGGCUUUCUUAAGAAAUCGACUUGCAAAAGUCAAAGUGAACUCCUUAGUGACCUGGUUAAACAAUGCAGUAUCCUAAAUACGAAGGACAAAGCUCUGAAUUCCUUCCCCAACUUUAAAAAGGCUAACUUUCCAUUGCUCUUUCGUGGCCUGUGCGAGGUGCUAAUUCACUCCUUAAGUGGCCAAAUCAGCGUGGACAGUCAUGGAGAUAAGCUGAAACUGUGGGAGUCCACUGUUGACUUGUUAAAUGGCUUGCUUAACAUCGUGCAGCUAGUGGAACAGCCUCGGAAUUUCGGAUUGUUUCUAAAGCACUCCCUGUUAUUCCUCAAGCUGUUGCUUCAACACGGCAUGAGAGCGCUCGAGUCCAUUGUUCGUGAUGAUCCCGAAAGGUUGACAAGGUUUCUGCACGAAUUGCAGAAAGUGACACGGUUCCUGCACCAACUCUGCUGCCAUUCCAAAUCCAUUAAGAAUACCGCCAUAAUCAGCUAUAUUCCCAGCCUGCGGGAGACGAUUGAGACGUUGGUUUUCCGGGUGAAAGCACUUUUGGCUGCCAACAACUGCCAUUCAGCUUUUCACAUGGGAAAUAUGAUAAACAGGGAUCUUCACGGAGACUCUAUUAUCACGCCAGUGGGUUCGUUUGCCGGCGAGGCGAACAGCGAUGAGGAAUUACCUGGCGAUGAUACCAGCGUGGAUGAAACUGUGCUGGGUGAUGAUAUGGGCAUCACCACCGCUAGCGUCAGCACAAGACCGAGCGACGGGAGCCGGAGCAAGUCGUCAUCCCGCAGCAAAUGCUUUUAGAUACCCUCUUCUUUCAGCGAUUUAAAAUAAAAAAUUUGUUUUUUAAACCAAAGUGGAGGCUUUUCAUUUGUUUCUAGUCUAUGAUUGAGCAGACGACGACCUUUGCAUUCUUUAUUUAUUUCAUUUUUUAUUAUCUGGAUGCAAUUUUAUUUAAUUUUCGUAUUACAAAUAAUAACAAAUGUAUGUAUAUCAAAUAUUUUAGUACAAUAUGCUUCUUUUCUCACUUUUAUUUUCUUCGUUAACAAUAAUUGUUUAUUAAGACGUAAAAGUUGUUCUCCCAUUUUUCUCACAUUCGGCUUUUCUCUACGAUGAAUUCUGAUUGUUUUUAUUAUUAAAUUUCCAUUUGUUGUUUUUAUCUCGUAAUAAUUGGCGACGUUACGUUCACGGUUUAUGAAUCCCUUUCAUACGUGUGGUAUGUAUGCAAAUGUUUUGUGAUGUUUAUCAAUAGGUAGUUUAUAAAAGAGUUUUAAAAAUCAAUCAAGUAUAAAAUGGUUAUAUAUGUAAUUAAAAAAAAAUCAAAGAAAACACACACAAACUAUAAAUUUAAAAGUAAAACAAGAAUGGUCUAAGCGAAGUUAAUCCUAGCGUGUGUGUAUGUUUGAAACAGAUAUUGUCCUCAUACAAAUCAUGUUAUUUUGUGUAUUAAAGAAUAAAGAAACAAUCUUGGAAACUUUCCAAAGGUCUCAGAUCCUUGCAUCCACUGCCAAUGUCCUUCAUUUUUCUUUAUAAACAGUUGCGCUUGCUUUAAGCCGAUUCUUGAAAUAUACAUGAAAAGAUUUUGAUUGCUGAAAAAGUUUGAAAAUAUAAUUUGGAAUAGGUCGAAAUAAUUUGUAUAUUUCAAUUUACAAUACGAUCAUGUUUUUGAUUUAUUAAUUUUUAUUGUUUUCUUUAUUUGCCAAUUUUUCAAAACUUAAAACAUUUUACACAAAUUAAUUUUAAAAAUUUUUAAUACGUACGCAGUCUGUUUAAAAGUAAAGUUAGAUUAUACACUCCUACGCCUACAUAUACAUUAUAUACUCAAAUAUAUAUAUUUAUAGAGAAAGAUAUAUAUUUAUUGUAUAUAUAGAUUUAGUAAUUAUGAUUAAAUCUUGCCUUUGCAUCAUCACAAUUCAUGUAAAGUUUUUCAUUUUUUUCGCUCAGUUUCCAUGCGCAGUUUGCAAUUUUGUUGUCCACUUUGCUUUCUUUCAUGAUUCCUUUCGACAUUAUUUCUAUUUUAUUUUCAGUAUUGUGUUGCUUUUGUUGAAGGUUGAAAUUUACACACGUAUACAGUUAUUGUUAUUGUUAAUAGAUCAAAGAUAAAUUUUGCUUGCGCUCCUCUUCACAAUACACAAAUAUUUUAAACCAAUUAAACAGCUAAACAAAUUAGUUCUUUAAGUAUUUAACAUUAGUGAUUUAUGUUAGGUCGUAAAAAUAUUUUGCUAAAAAUUAAUAUUCAUAGUUUAAUAUAUAUAACAUACUAUUGAAAACUUAAGCGCACAAACAAAACUAAAUAUUCAAAUUAAAAACUAAUUUUGCCAAACGUUUUUGCUUUCCCGAAAAAUUAAAACAAAAAUUACAAAUUACAAUAUUUAACACAAUUAGAGGUGUUGGGGGUAAAGGUUAAGGGGUGGGUGGGGUUGCAGGAAAAUUUCAGGCUUCCAAAGAAAUGGUUUCUAAAUAACGGCACAUAAUUUUGGUAAAAAUUUCAUUCUCAAUUUUAGAAUCGACGAAAUCGGUAAACUUAAACGGACUGUGUAACAAUUUGCCAAUUGGUUUAUAGAUUUAGUUUAGUUUUAGUUUACAAUAGAAAAAACACAUUAACAAUAAAAACUUACAAAUUAAAUUACAAAUUUAAAACAAUAUAAAAUCAGUACAGUUAUCGAAUUAAACAAAUUGUUAAAAUUAAUUAUAUUUAUAUAUUUGCAAUUUGAAUCGGGUUCAAAGGUUUUAAGUCACCAAAUGUGGAAAUUUCUAGGGCGAAAAAUCGAAAAUUUUGCAUGCAAAAAGACGCGGCGUUAUAGAAUUUUUAUAAUUCACUUCCUUAUAAAAUUAAUUUAUUUGUUGUGUUUGUGUGUGUUUAAAGAAAAAAAAUGAUUAAAGUUUUAAAAUUAUUUCUCCCUUUCUUUUUUGAAGGCAACAAUCAAUUGCAAUUGCAUGAAAUGCUCUCUCAAUAAAAAAGUAAAAUAUUUAAGAAAAUUCAUAAGAAAACUUAUCAAAAAUAAAAAUUGGGUAAAUAUUUUAGUAAUUUUGUUCUCUUGUUAUUGUAGUUAGAAAAUGGCGCACACUUAUCAUCCCCUACAACGACAGUUUACUUUACUUUAAUAAUUAUGUGUAUAUGUGUGUGUGAGUGUAUGUGAGUGUUACUAAAUUUAAGCUUAACUAUGGUCAUUUAGAAUUUGUUGUAUAUAUUCUCUUAUUGUUUGUGGCUAAUAUUAUGUAUUUAAAGUUCUUUGCUGGUUUGCAAAUUUUGCGCAAGUUUUAUUUAAUAUUUUCAUUAUUUGUUUUUUUUUUUACUUUAGGCAACUGCUUGGUGUGUGUCUGUGUAUGUGUAUUUUUAAAUUUAAAAAAAGUUAUUGUUUUUAGGCUUAUGCUGAACAAUGUUCAUAGAUACGUUUUAAAACACACGCGUCCUUCAUCAACUGCCAACAGUUUGUAUUUUGCUUUAUACUUGAGUUCAAAAUUGGAAGUAUUCUUUCGUUAGUUUAAAACUAAUUUAUAUAUUUUUGUUUUAUACAUUUAUAUAUAUUAAUUAACUUUUUGCUUUACUUGAGAUCUAGCAAUAGCGGAAACGUAAACGGCAGAAUUUUUGUUCAACCAAAACAUUGUUGAAUUUAGCAAAAUAGAAAAUAAACGGGCAUGUUUUUGUUUCAUUAAUUUUCCCUAUAUAAACGUAUUUUGACACGUGUGUGGCGUUUUUUUUUUUAUAGGCAUGGAGUUAGUUAAGUUUUUGCAAGUCAGCUUGAUAUAUUUAUUAUUUAUCUUAUGUUUGUGUUCUCUUCCGUAUUAUCUGUGUGCGUAGCAGUUAUAGAUGAGUAAAGGAAAGUGGGGAAAAGACUUUAAUCUGAAUUCGAUAUUGGAUAAGUGGACUUUAAAUAGAAUUUCUUAGCUGUGAUUGGUUUAGGAUUGCUGCUAAUACGCACUUGAGCGCUGGCUAAUUGAUUUUAUAGUUUUAGUUGUCUGCGUUUUUUUAACAUUAAGAACGAUUAGAUUGCUUUAAUCGUACUCGUUUUACAAGUGUUAAUAUUAAGUAUGCGUUAUUGGUAUUAAAAUUCAUAAUCAAUUUUAUUAUUAGGUUCUUUACUUUUACUGUUUGUGAUGUGUUGUCUCCGCGUCUAUAUGUUUUCUUCCUAAUUCGUUGCUUCGAUUUGCAGACAUAAGUCAAAGUUCUUGUUGAUUUGCGAUUUUUAUCUGCUUAUCAGUAUUAUCAGUGAGUUUUAAGUGUAGUUUUGUAUGUGUGCAAUUACUUAGCUCUACAUAUUUUGUUUUUAACUUCUGACA